AUGGCCGCCCAGAGCUGCGGACGCAGCAAAAGACUUACCGCUUCCCCUUCAUCCAUCAUCAGCACUCUCGGAGACGAUGAAGAUCUCUUAGUCGAAAUUCUGAUUCGACUCCCGAGCCCCAAAUCCGCCAUUCGAUGCAAAUCCGUCUGCAGACGCUGGAAUGCUCUAAUCUCCGCUCCCUAUUUCUCUCGCCGCUUCGUUUCUCACCACCAAACCAAGUCCCCCGCCGCCGCCGCCCAGAACGAAUCCGAACAGCCCGUCCUUGCAAUCUCACAAAUCCGUCAAUUGAUCUCGAGCUUUCUCCCUUUCCCUUACGGUACCGAAUUCAAGUUCUCCGUCCUCGAUUCGGUCAAGGACUUGCUCUUACUCGGGUUCUGGGGGCCGGAGACGUCCGAACAGGAACUGCGCAGGACGCACUUGGUCUGCAAUCCGUUUACGAAGCAAUGGGUCGCCCUUCCUCUGGCGCCUAAAAUGGCCGCCAGGUAUAGCCGCUAUAGAUGGGUCGUGAAACUAGUCUGCGAGCCGUUCGAUGAAUUCCGGGUGGUGCGAAUGUAUAAUCCGAUGACGGUACGAGGAGGUCCAGCGAAAGUAGAUGUGUACGUGUUCUGUUCGAGAUCCGGACGUUGGACGAAAUCUGUUCUUACUCUCGAUGCCAAUUUAAGGUGUUGGGGUUGCACAGCUUAUGAACGUGUAGUUUCGACCAAUGGAAAGUUUUACUGGCUGAUUGGUAUGCUAGUGCGAGGAGUUGUAGUGAAGUGGGAUCCUUUCCGUCGGGACUACGGUACUACGUUUCCAAUGUUGUUGGAGGGCUGCCAGCUCGAUUCACAAAUGCGUUGCUACGGUCCCUGGAUCUCAGAAGGUGCUGUGCACAUGGUUUGCAAAGAAUCGACGUCUUCGAUGCUGAGUGUUUGGAGACUGGUGGAGGACGGGAAGGGAGGAGGAUGUUGGAGGAAAGAGUAUGAAGUCUUGUGGUCUAACGACUUGAGUUGUACUCGCAAGUCCAGCGACGACGACGGCAGCGACAGCGAGAUCGAGACGCUGGAUUUGAGGUUCGGUAGAGCGGUUGGUAUGCAUCCUGAAAAGCCGGAGAUCGUGUUUUUGUCGGCUUUUCAUCCGAAUUCUCGAGAAUCGGCAGCUAUUUUGUCAUGGAAUUUUAGAAACAGCGAGUUGGAAUUCGUCACUUAUCAAGAUGAUGAUGAACCAAAGUACUUUAUUCCUCAAGACGACAGGGUGUUCAAACCCAUGGUUGCUUUCUGGCCUAGUUUGAUUGCGAGCUGCGAGAAGUUGCGAAAUGCGUACAACGGAAGUUAUAGUUGCUGGCUUCCACCACCAACAAGUAAUUAA